AACCAAUACUAUAAUUAUUAUUAUUAUAAGGCCCACUGCUAUUGCUACUAAUAAUAGAGGUGCUUUGUAAAGGGUUCCUCCUUGCCAAUCCUGAUGUUAAGCAGUGGGGCAGAUAAAAGACCUUCAAGCCGGUCACAGUCUCCGUCCCACCCAGGGCUUGUGAUCUAAACUGGGGGCACGGGGUACGGGCAUCGAAUCCCCAUUUUAGAGACGAGGCAAGUGAGGCACAGGAGUAAAGUGACUUGCCCACGGUCGGACGGUAGGCCCCGGGCAGAGCCGGGGUCAGAACCCCGGUUGGCCAAACCUUCUGCGCGGCUAUACCGAGAUAUUCAGCAGCCACCAGCAGGUAGGUUCUAAGAGUUUUACGGUAGGCUCAGGUCUCCUAGGAACUCAGAACAAUAAAGAGGAUUCUACAUCCGGUGCCCCCGAGGAGACCCAGCGGCUACCGCCACGGAUGGCAGAGUCCCACCUGGCCCGGAGGCGACCACGCUCACGGCGUUGACUUUUACGGCUCUGGCUUCCAGGGGUUCACCUUCCGGGAGAGCCACCGGCCCCGCUCGAGACCAUGAAAGAGCCCUUCCUGGACACGGAGAGACUGGAAUUCCGGCUCAGCCUGGCCCCGGGCCUCCGUUGCGGAAAGAAAACCGACCUGGUGCCCGUGUGCGAGAAGUGCCAGUCGUGCGUGCUGGCCCGGAAAGUCUUCGUCACCCAGGAGUGGUUCCAGAGGUCCUCCGAAGGGCACCGGAGGAAGUUCCUGAGUGGCAUCUUCCAACGGCUGAAGAGCCCCGAGCUGCUGACCUCCUUGUGGACGCUCCUGGGCCCCUCGCAGGGGAAGGACUUCCUGCACGCCCGGGCCUACCUGGGCCCCAGGCUGGAGGAGGAGGUCCGCGGCUCCCGGCUGGGCCACGAGCCGAAGAAGGAGAAGCUGGAGGUCGUGAAGCUGGCGACCUGGAAGUGGUUCGCUCGGCAGUCCUACUGGACCAAAGCCAACUUCACCAUCUGUCUUCUGCAGAUGUGCGGCCCGGCUCUCUUGAAUUUCGCUGCCUCUCUGCUGAGGGACCAGGCCAGGCUGGUGGACCCGGAGCAGAAGGCAAGAGCAGAGCGCACAGCCGACGUACCAGUUGACACCUCCAAACGUGAGAUUAAAUUAAUCCCCGAGAGAAGAAAGAAUUUGUCGUCUUCCAGUAGCUCUUCGGUUUCCUUCCCCGAAACCCAGAUCAUUCCUUCCGCCGUCUCCCCUGAGAAGCAAGCAUUCCUUCAGUACAUCUUCCAAGAGGCGGAUAUAAAACACCCUGAAACCCAGUCCAGGGUGGAGACGCUGAGUUCGAGGUUAAAUGAGGAGAAGGUCCUCUGCGGGGAGCCCGUUCUGCCGUCGGAGAAUGAAAUGGCAACCAAGACCAAGGUCCUUCCGGCUUUCACCAAAAGAACCGCCUCUCGCUGGUCGUCAACCGGAUUUUUCCGGUACAAGGAUUUUAUCCGCUACCUGCCCAUCCAUCUCUCCAAGUACAUCUUAGGCCUUCUGGACCCAAGCUCCUUGAAUAAAUGUUUCUACGUUAGCCGCCACUGGGCCAUGCUGGCCAGACAAGUCAAACGGGACCACGUGACCCAGAAGUCCCUUCAGGAUUUGAUUGUCAUGCUGCAGGGAUCCUAUCCUCGGGGAAUAAAUCCAUCCUAUGCCAGCUGGCACCUCAUUCCGGUGCCCAAGGUCACUGAAGAUGGGGAGAUCAUCAAAUUCAAAGGUCACAAAUGGAAAUUUCGAACCAAGAACGAGUACGGUCUGGAGGCGGCCUAUUACGGGCAGGAGACAGAAAUGAUCCCGAUGGAAGAGAGGAACGUCUUCUGUGGCACGUACAACGUUCGCAUCUUGACCGACGUGUGGGAGCAGAACAGGGUGAUUCACUACUGCGGCGGAGAGCUGGUGGCCUUGGGGUCCACGGAUCGGAAGAUCAGGCUGCUGGACGUCUUCCAGAUGAAGGAGACGCCACCCGUGUUCCGAGGCCACGCCGGUAGCAUCAGAGCCCUCAUCCUCAGCGAGAAGGACUCAUUUGUCCUGAGUGGGAGUUACGACUUGAGUAUUAGGUGCUGGAGUAUGGUCACUGGUUCCUGUACUAGAAUCUUUAACGGUCACACGGGAACCAUCACUUCCUUGGAUUUAUUCGAAAACAGACUGGCUUCGGGAUCAAAGGACUGCCAGGUGAAAGUGUGGGACAUAAUCAGCGGGAAGUGCCUGAGAACCUUCAAACACAAAGAUCCCAUUCUGUGCACCAGAAUCAACGACACCUACAUCGUCAGCGGCGGCGAACAGGGACAGGUCAGCGUGUGGCACUUCGACUCCGACACCCUGGUCAAGACUCUGAACGGUCACGAAGGAUCAGUGAAGUGCCUCUGCUUUGACCGGUGGCAUCUCCUGUCGGGAAGCAUGGACGGCUACGUUUUGGGGUGGAGCAUGGUGGGAAAACACCAGCGAUGCUUGACGGCUUUCAAGCAUCCAAGGGAGGUGCUCCACGUGGCUUUCCUCUACCUCCGGGUCAUCAGCGGCUGCGCCGAUGGGAAAAUCCGUAUUUUUAACUUCUUGACCGGAGCCUGCCUGAAGAUCAUGAGAGUCAACAGCCGGGGCGACCCUGCCAACUCCUUCUACAUCGAAGGCAACAGGAUGGUGAUCAACACGGACAGCAACAUCCUGAUGUUCCAGUUUGAGAACAUGCAAUGGGAUUACACUAAUGACCAACAGAAAAUCAUGACCAAGAGCGGGAAACCCAAAACCUUCAAUUCCCCCAAGCAGGCUUCUCUUCCCGAGGGGGCUCCGAGUCAAAAGCAGACGAAGCCCACCUCGCGCAGAGUUUCGGAAGAAAUUCAAGUCAAGGCAAAGUACUUUCCCAGGAAGCGCUCCGCUCCCUUCCUGCACCUGCCUCUCUCCUCAAGGAGCCGAUCGCCUCCCGCAGGCUCGGAAGCCUAUCGCUUUCCAGCGGUGGAGGCGGCCGAGGCGAUUCUCCGGCGAGGAAAGACACGGGGCCCGUGGCCGCCCGUGUCUCCGGACCAGCUCCUCCUGACGGUCGGCGCCCUGCAGCGGGCCCACGGGGCCAGCGAGGCCAGGAGCCAGGCGCUGGGCCGAGACCACGUCCGGAGCGCCUGGGAGCCGGCCGUCCUCCCCCGGGGCCGACCCGGGAAGGUGCCGUCCUUCAGGGGCCCGCCGCCCCCCGAGCCGCGGGACCCGGAGGGCCGGGCCGAGGACAUCAGCCUCACCUGGGGGUUGAAGAAGAUCACGAUGCCAUUUGAGAUCCAGAAGCUGCGACCCGACGUGAAGCACUCCCUGCAGGGCCCCGACGUUCGCUCUCACAUCCCCGAGCCCGUGCUCGUGAGGUCCAGGUCCUGCGGCAGCCUGAAGAACGUCCCCAGGAGAGCCGAGCCCAGCCCGCUCGGGCGGGUCGGCAUCCCCAGGGACGGCGAGGCGCGUCUGAUCGGCCGCCUCAUUGGCCUCCGGGCCAUCCAGCCCGAGCACAUGGUCAUCGGGACCCCGUGGGGGACGGCCCCGCUCCCCAAGGAGAGGCCGCGCUUCACCGUGCCCGACCCCUACCGCGUCGACGGCGGCUUCCGUCUGCUCACCGUCAGGGAGAAGGAGGAGCUCCGGGAUUCCCAGCUGGCCAGCUUCCAGGCCAUGAUGCCCAAGGGCCCGGCGGACCCGGACAGGGCCCGCCGAAUCUCAUGGCUCCGGAAGAUCAAGGGCCUGCCGAUCGACGGAUUCACCAAGGAGGGGAAGACGGCUGCCCCGGAGCUCGGCCGCAAUCUGUUCAUCUGAAUUAGGGGCGGCCCUGGCCCGUCGUGGGGGGACCGCAGGCACGGGAGAGGGGUUUUUAUUUCUAGGGAAGGGGAGGCCUGACCGCCGCUCAGAUGUGCCCCCUCGCACCUGAGCCCCGAGGAGGAGCGUCUUAGAGUCUGAGGGCCAGCUCUGGCCACGCGGGCGGUAGCUGGAGACGGGAGCCACGUUCGACGCUGACAAAGGGCUCUUUCCCCGCCGUAGGAAGGCGGCCGUCCCCACGUUCUCAGAGGCGGCUAUGCCAUCCAGCCGCCCUCGGAAAUAAACGCUCAGGACUCCGAC